GUAUUUGGAGUGGAUGACAGCCAGGAUUAUAAUAGGCCUGUUAUCAACGAGAACCAGAAAGAUUUAGUAAAAGAUUGGGCUAUAAAUUCUGCUACAGUAGUGCUGGAAGAAAAAAGACCACUGAGUACAACUGGAUUUCUUGACACAGAGGAAAGUUCUAGUGCCCCUGGAAGUAAACGUUGGGUAUCACAGUGGGCCAGUUUGGCUGCUAAUCACACACGUCAUGACCAAGAUGACAUCAGAUUGGAGUCAUCCGUGCCUGCUCCAUUAGAAAAUGACACAGACAUCAGUGAAUCUGGUGUUUCCGUUAGAAGCACUGGUUCAGCUGCUUCUAUGGCCAGCCAAGGUGAGCGAAAGCGGAGGACACUGCCACAGCUUCCAAAAGAGGAGAAAGUGAAUGAAAGCUCAAAAGCAAAAACUACAUCUCAACAGAGAUCAGAAAUAGGUGAAAAGCAAGACACUGAACUUCAGGAGAAAGAAACUCCAGCUCAUGCCUCAGAUACUGACAGCAGAAGUAUAGCUAAGUCAAGCAGAACAAUGAAUGGUCUUUCACCCAGAGCUACUGGAGACAAAAUUUUUUCUUUCCCCAGCUCUUCCAGUAAAGAGAGAGUUGAAACUGGCAGAGAAACCUCUGUGGAUAAACAAGCUUUGGCAAAAAUUCAACAACAAGAAAGAAAGGAGCAAGGACACUGGAUGCCCACAAAAUUAUUCUCCACAAAAUCUGCUGCAAACCGGGUUGAGAAGGGUAGGGAGGAGAUUGCUAUGUCACCCAAAACUUUGGAUAAUCAAGACAAAGCUCCUGGACAUGUUACAGAUAAAGCGGAAAUGAAGUUGGUGCAGAGUGAGGGAAAAAGAAGAAUAACUGAGGAAACUAUUAAAGGACAAAGUCCUAAAGCAUCUGGAGGAGAAAAAAAGGAAUCUUCAAAACCACUAGUGAGGCAAGGCAGCUUUACUAUAGAUAAGCCUAGCACAAAUAUACCUAUAGAACUUAUUCCUCACAUUAAUAAGCAAAGUGGAUCUGCUGCCCCUUUAGCAUCUGCAAACAGGAUACGUGACAGAAGUGAUUCAAUGGACACUGAUUCCAGCCUAGAUACAACACUCAUUUUAAAAGACACAGAAGCUGUAAUGGCUUUCCUUGAAGCUAAAUUGCGAGAAGAAAAUAAAACCGAUGAAGGUCCUGAGACUCCUAGCUAUAACAGAGAUAAUUCCAUAUCGCCAGAAUCGGAUGUAGAUACAGCCAGCACAAUCAGUCUCGUUACUGGUGACGCAGAAAGAAAGCCCACACAGAAGCGGAAGAGCUUUACAACUUUAUAUAAAGAUAGAUGUUCCUCUGGUUCCCCUUCAAAGGAUGUUUUAAAGUCCUCCUCAACAAGUGCCAGAGAAAAGAUGGAAAAAAAAGCUAAAAGUCGAUCUUCAGAUGGUGGGUCUAGAACUGAUGCUCGCAAAACUGUGCAAUCCAGUGGAAGAAUGAGACAACCAUCAGUAGAUUUGACAGAUGAUGACCAAACAUCAAGCGUACCUCAUUCCGCCAUUUCUGACAUCUUAUCAUCUGACCAGGAAACCUACUCUGGCAAAUCACAUGGAAGGGUUCCUUUUGCCUCAGCAGAUGAACUUCUACAUUCCAAGAUGGAAGGCAAGUCAGCUAAAUCAAAAACCUCUCCUGUUGCACUUGGGCAAUCCAGUAAAUCUACCACUCUUCCAAGACCUCGUCCCACAAGGACUUCUCUCUUGCGCAGAGCACGGCUUGGUGAAGCCUCAGAUAGUGAGCUUGCUGAUGCUGAUAAGGCUUCAGUGGCUUCUGAAGUGUCCACUACAAGUUCUACUUCAAAACCUCCAUCAGGGAGGAGAAGUAUUUCCAGAAUAGACUUACUUGCUCAGCCUCGCAGAACUCGACUUGGCUCUUUAUCAGCACGUAGUGAUACUGAAGCAACAAUAACUAGAAGCACUGCCUCAUCUCGUACCCCAGAAGCUAUUAUCAGAAGUGGUGCAAGGUUAACAUCAGCGGGAGAUAGUAGUAAAGUUUCUGCUAGAACUCGAGCCAAUAGCAUUUCUCGACUUUCAGAUUCAAAAUCAAAAUCUUUGGCUUCAGCUCAUAAUUCUCCCUCAGUAAGUGCAAGAUGGAGGCGCUUUCCUACAGAUUAUGCUUCCACCUCAGAAGAUGAAUUCGGAUCAAACCGUAAUUCCCCUAAACAUACCCGUCUACGUACCUCUCCAGCCCUGAAAACCACGCGACUGCAGAGCACUGGGACAGCAGCUCAAAGUAGCAAUACCUUCAAGCACAGAAUAAAGGAACAGGAAGACUACAUUCGUGACUGGACUGCUCACCGAGAAGAAAUAGCAAGGAUCAGUCAAGAUCUGGCUCUCAUCGCACGGGAAAUCAACGAUGUAGCAGGAGAGAUAGAUUCAGUGACUUCAUCAGGCACUGCCCCCAGUACCACAGUAAGCACUGCUGCCACCACCCCUGGCUCUGCCAUAGACACUAGAGAAGAGUUGGUUGACCGAGUAUUUGAUGAAAGUCUCAAUUUUAGAAAAAUCCCUCCACUAGUGCAUGCCAAACCACCAGAGGGGAAUGGUCGGCAUAAUGAUGCUAGACCUCAGCUAACAGAUGCCCUUGAUCCCCCAACAAUUACCCGGAGAAGGACUUGGAGCAGAGAUGAAGUUAUGGGGGACAGUUUGCUGUUGUCCUCAGUCUUCCAGUUUUCUCGCAAGAUAAGACAAUCCAUAGACAAAACAGCUGGCAAAAUCAGAAUAUUAUUUAAGGACAAAGACAGAAAUUGGGAAGAAAUUGAAAACAAGUUGCGAGCUGAAAGUGAAGUUCCUAUUGUGAAAACAUCGAGCAUGGUAUGA